CUCCCUUAGAAGACUCCUUCUCCAGUGUCCCCGGAAAGCAGAUCUGAUGGCACAUCAUAACAACACCCAGGUGACAGAGUUCAUCCUCCUGGGCUUCACUUCACGCCGUGACAUUCAGCUCCUUCUCUUCAGCAUCUUCCUACCUGUCUAUCUUCUUGGUGUGAUGGGGAACCUCUGCUUGGCCAUUCUGAUCCGGGCUGAACGGACCUUGCACACACCCAUGUACUACUUCCUGAGCCACCUGGCCCUGAUGGACUUGUGCUCCUGUUGCACCGUGGCCCCCAAGAUGCUUUUCGGCCUCUUGAAAGGCCAAGACACCAUCCCCAUCCCAGCUUGUGCUCUUCAGAUGUUCUUCUUUGCAGCGGCUUCAGAUGCCGAGUGUUGCCUCUUGGCUGUCAUGGCUUAUGACCGCUACGCUGCCAUCUGCCGCCCGCUCCAUUAUGGAAUGGCCAUGCCACAGCGCCUCUGUCGCCUCCUGGUGGCAGUGUCCUAUGCAGCAGGGGCAGCCUCUGGAGCCAUCCAUACAAGCAUGGCCUUUCGCUUGCCCUUCUGUGGAGCUCGCACUCUGGAUGACUUUUUUUGCGACAUCCCUCCAGUGCUGGCUUUGGCCUGUGCCAACACAGACCUCAAUGAGCUCCUGCUGUUGGCAGUCUGUGGGGCAAUCCAGAGCAUCACUUUGGCAGCCAUCAUGGCUUCCUAUGGAAUGAUCCUCUGCACAGUGGGGCAGGCAGGGUCUCAGCGAGCCAUAUCCACCUGUGGCUCCCACCUGACAGCUGUGGGCGUGCUAUACGGCACCCUCAUUUUCAUGUACCUGCGACCCGACGGAACAUAUGCCCCACAGACUGACAAGAUGGUAUCGGUCUUCUACACAGUGGUCAUCCCUACCCUCAAUCCAGCCAUCUAUAGUCUCCGUAAUGCGGACGUGAAGCAAGCGGUCCGAAGGAGAUUCAGUAAGCAGGGACACCCAGCUUGCUGCUUCUGA